UGAGUUAGACGGAAGGUCCUUCAUGAAAAGACAUUAAUACUUAAAUAAGUCCAAAACGUAACUUGUUGAUAGAUGUAACUACGAAGCCCCGGCGUCUUCAGCAUUCCAUAAAGUGCCUUAUAAUGCUCAAAAUUCUGGUACCUUUUGUAGCAAGUUAUUUCAGUCAUUUAGUUUAAAGAAGGAAAACGCAAGGGGGCGCUUUUGUCUAAUAAAUCAGUGAAGGGUCAGUCCCGAAUAAUUAGUUUUUGCCCAGGACUGAAUGCUUAGCCUUAGAAAUGCUGGGUCCAACAAUAUGAUAUGCAUGAAAGUUCAAUUAUAGGAGACAGCAGUAGACAUACUGGACAUGAGAAUACAUCAGUCUACGGUUUUGAGACCUGGACGCCCCAUGCAGAAUAAAGCCAAAUAAACCUACCCACACACUUUGUGCAAGCAUUUCAACGCGACUAAGCUUAAACACACUUCACUUAUCGCUAGCUCAGAGGAAAUAACGGGUAUGAAAACUUAGCCUCCCCGGGGGCGGAAGAAGAGUCGCUCAAAGUGCACUUCUGUCACUGGCCGAGUUCAGUGCGGCAAAGAAAGUUUGAUUUGCGGAGGUGCAACGCUAUGCUGUGUUGAAGUGACAAGACAACAGUGGAUCUCUGUCUGCCUUCACUUACACAAGAUAAUGGAGAAUAAGGCAUUGUGCCUUCACUCAUACAGUGAACAAGAAAAUGGGUCAAUCUAUGAGGAUGGACUAGAAGAAAUGAACUGCAGAAACCUGUCGAAACUGAAUCUGUGUGAAGAAAGUUCUUCCAACCGCAGAAGGAAAGAAGAUAAUUGCUGUUCUCAUCUCAAUUCAAUAUCUGCAAUCAAGUACGCUAUUGUGGCUUUAUAUAUCCUUGUCACAUUCAGCAUCAUUGGUUUCCUGAUUACAGUAUCCAGGCCAGAGAUGUCAUCAGAGAACUUCGCAACAUUAAAGGAGAAUGUUACACGGCUGAAUGAAAACUUCAGAGACUUAAAGAGUGCCCUGUCUCAGCUCUCUUUUAAGACAGAUGUAAUGGAGAACAUCUGGAAACUUGAGGGCCUAUUUCAGAACCAUACAGACACACUGCUACAGUUAAACCAAGUGGUUCAGAGACUUGAGGCAAAUGUCCAAACAGUGCAGACCACAUCAGAAAAAACUGCCAUGUCUGUAAUAGAAAUGGGGGAUAUCUUCAAGGGUAUGAAUGAGACUACCAAGAGGAACUCCAAUCGAUUUGUGGAUGACUUAGAAAGGACAAGAUUCUCCAUGCAGGAACAUGAGAUUUUAUUAAAAAAUACAGCCAGUCAAGUCUAUGAACUCAAGGACAAAUUAGCUGAAGUAUGUGGAACCAUGAACUCAGUAAAUCGGACAUUCACUCAGGACAUUGGUAUGCAUCACAUAAAAAUUCAGGACCUCCAGCUGCAAAUAACUAAUGUCACAACAGAUACCACAGUGAUAAGACUGGCCCAGGUAAAAAUGGAAGAACAGUUAGAAAAUGAGGUAACCACACUGAACUCUGUUAUGGAAGAUCUAAGGCUUAAAGACUGGGAGCAAUCAAUAAUUCUGAAAAAUCUAACCUUAGCGGAGGGGCCUCCAGGACCAAAAGGUGACAAGGGAGACAAUGGACCCUUAGGGAUGACUGGUGCCCCCGGUUUACCUGGAUUGCGAGGAACACCAGGAGAGCGAGGGUACCAAGGACCUAAUGGGGCAAAGGGGAAUCCAGGCCUUGAUGGACUGCCAGGUCUAACUGGGGCUAAAGGAUCAAAAGGAGAAAAGGGAGACAAGGGAGACAGAGGAGAAAAAAGCAAAAAUGGUACCACUGAUGCUGUUGUAAGGUUGGUCAAUGGAUCAUCUCCCUAUGAAGGUCGAGUGGAGGUUUUUUAUGACAAGAGCUGGGGAACAGUGUGUGAUGAUGGCUGGGACAAAAAAGAUGGAGAUGUUAUCUGCAGGAUGUUGGGUUUCAAAGGAGCGAAAGAAGUUCAUAAAACUGCACGAUUUGGACAAGGAAAGGACUACAUUUGGAUGGAUGAUGUUGCUUGCAACGGAACAGAAAGCACAAUCAUUCAAUGCAGAUUUGCAGGCUGGGGGAAGACAAAUUGUGGACACGUGGAAGAUGCCGGCGUCACCUGCAAUCCAUAAUGAACUGAGGAUGAAAGGACUAAUCUGUGAUUAAAACCAGUCAUACAUCAGAUUACACAAGAAGUAUUUGAUUUUUUUUUUUGUGGUUCUUCAAAAGGUUAUCCAUUCUUAUUUCAUUGUCCAGAAUAUGAUGAGUUUUUUCAUGUGUUUUCAAGGAGUUUUUUUUUUUUUUAAAUUGAUCAAUUACCAGAGCUUUCUAGUCUUCCUGCUUUGAUCCAUGUUAUGCAUUGAAAAAUAUAUUUUGUUUAAUAGGCUUAUUUUUAUUUUCAAAUUAUAAAAAAGUUACAUAAUUACUAGAUUUUUUUG